UUUCAGAUAUCUACUUUGUGGAACAUUUACUAGGAACAGCCAUCUAGCUAGUCUUCGUGUGUUGUGGCUUUACGUUUGCCCUCAUGUGUUCCCGCUCCAACUCCCUUCUGGCGGGACAUUGUGCAGGAAGUAUAGAACAUAGGCUACACGGGAGACUUUAGCAUAACUUAGUUUCAGCUGUUGUUGUAACGUUAGUUCGCUUUAGCCUGGCUAUUGCAAGUUUUGUGUUUCCGAUCAAACAGCGGGCGGAAGGGUGCUGGCCCGGAAAAGAGCACAGUUUAACUUAAGAGUGACAUGGAGUCCUUUCAGAAAGUGGAAAAAAUUGGGGAGGGCACGUACGGUGUGGUGUACAAGGCAAAAAACAAAAUCACGGGAGAGACUGUUGCCCUCAAGAAAAUCAGACUGGACACGGAAACCGAAGGAGUUCCCAGCACAGCCAUCCGCGAGAUAUCCCUUCUAAAAGAACUGAACCACACAAACAUUGUCAAGCUGCGAGAUGUCAUCCACACAGAAAACAAACUCUACCUGGUUUUUGAGUUCCUUCACCAGGAUCUCAAGAAGUUCAUGGAUUCCACCACUGUCACAGGAAUCUCCCUCCCUCUUGUCAAGAGCUACUUGUUCCAGCUUCUGCAGGGUCUGGCAUUCUGCCACUCCCACCGCGUGCUCCAUAGAGACCUGAAACCUCAGAACCUGCUCAUCAACGCCCAGGGAGAGAUCAAACUGGCCGACUUUGGGCUGGCCAGGGCUUUUGGUGUGCCCGUUCGUACUUACACACACGAGGUUGUAACCUUGUGGUACAGAGCCCCCGAGAUUCUCCUCGGCUGCAAAUACUAUUCUACUGCAGUGGACAUCUGGAGCCUGGGCUGCAUUUUUGCUGAAAUGAUUACCAGGAGAGCUCUUUUUCCAGGAGACUCUGAGAUAGAUCAGCUGUUCCGUAUCUUCCGCACACUUGGUACCCCUGACGAGAAUGUUUGGCCGGGGGUAACCUCCAUGCCUGACUAUAAGCCGUCCUUCCCAAAGUGGGCUAGACAGGACCUUGCUAAAGUGGUGCCCCCAUUGGAUGAGGAUGGCAGAGACCUAUUGGGGCAAAUGUUAAUCUAUGACCCUAACAAGAGAAUUUCUGCCAAAAACGCCCUCCUCCAUCGGUUCUUCCGUGACGUGUCCAAACCUAUCCCUCCUUUGAGGGUGUGACAAAAAGGACAGAAAAGGACUGACCAAAAUGUACAGAGCUCCUUGGUGCUCCCCUGCGAGAUCCUGUUGUUACUGCAUCACUUCAUGCACAGUGUGUCACCCCUGCUUUUUAAGGGUUGAACAGUACCAGCUGCCUUUCCUUCAGUUCAACGCAGGUGCCUUACAUUCUGUGAUUUAUUUCAUCUUUUUUAAACCGUGAUGCCAGCAUUACUUCUCCAACAUUCCAUCUAAUGUUUUUUCGGAGGGGGAUACCUAUCUGAGUGUGUUUAUUGUUUUAUGGAAGGGGUAUGUGAGUGUCUUUGUGAAAAUUGCAUUCCAUAAUUGUGUGGCCUGAUUAGCCAACACUGUUUGUGGGUUUGUAUUGUCUUUGUUAGUGUUAUGGUAUCCUGGCCUUCCCUGGGGAGUAGGUAAAUAAACUGCCUGAGCAAGACCUUACACCAGCCAUUCCCACACCCCAUGCCAGUACAUGUGAAAGAAGAGAAAUAGUAUUUAUUUUAGGAGGGGUCUUGAGAGUUUUUUCGUAAGUUGUAAGUCUCUGUAGUUCAUAAUAUUUUUCCAAAUGUAGGUUUUAAUGUCAGUUUGACCAAUUUUACCCAUUUGAUAAUUAUUCAUAAAAUUGUUACCAAGCUGU